GUUCGUUGUUGUUUCCAGAGGCCAGACACCAGCCGAAGCAGAAUUGCACUUUUUGGAGAAUGCCAAAAAGCUAGCAAUGUACGGCGUUGAUCUUCAUCCAGCAAAAGAUUCAGAAGGCGUUGAUAUCAUGAUUGGAGUUUGUGCAACGGGGAUAUUCGUCUACACUGAUCGCCUCCGUAUCAGCAAGUUCGCCUGGCCCAAGAUACUGAAGAUCUCCUACAAGGGACACUACUUUUACGUGAAGAUCCGACCCGGCGACUUCGAGCAGUACCAGUCAACGGUUGGCUUCAAGCUGGCUCGGACCCGGGCCGCCAAGAAGCUGUGGAAGGUUUGCGCCGAGCACCAUACCUUCUUCCGGCUUACCUCCCUGGAGCCACCGCCCAAGGCAGGUCUGUUUCCACGGUUCUCGUCCAAGUUCCGCUACUCGCGACGAACUCACUACGAGACCAGCACGCUGCCCAUUGAUCGACCGGCGCCCCAGUUCCAGCGCAGUCUCAGUGCUAGGAGGCUCGCUUCUAGGAGCAUGGACACUCUUGGUGGUCCACGUUCAGCCACGGCUGAACCAAGCUCCGAUGCUGCUAACAAACGUCACACGAUGCCUUAUCCUCCCGAUCACAUUCCUGACAUGGACCAUGAUCGUAUCACAAAGAUCACUUCUCCCGCCAAAUCCAAGAAGGAGGAGAAGAAGGGCAAGUAUAAGCCUGCUGGCGGAGUAGCUGUUCUUCCCACAAUUGGUAUUGGAUUUGGCAAAAAUAAGAAGGAUAAAGAAAAAGCAGAGAGAAAUGGUUUGUCGAAUGACCAAUCCAACGAGCAGAAUGAAAGCGACUACGAUGCUGAAAAAGAAAAUCGAAACGUCGAUCUUAUCAACUCGAACACAGCACUCAUCGAUAGCGAACAAUCGACCGCCCUCGAGAACGACAAACAACACAAAGACCAAAUGUCCAAAAUGAAGAAAAGUCCAGGGACAUUCUUUUCAUCAUUCACACGCAGUCCAAAAAAUAAAGAGAAGGACUCAGCUAAAAGCCCCAAAGAAGGUGAUAAAUCUGGCUUGAAAGACAAGGACUUGAACACAGCAACAUCGAAAGGUCUAAAGGAAAAGGAAUUGAAUGUCAAAGAAGAUGCCAAAGACAAGAGCAACAAGGAGAAACAGAAGGACUCCCCCUCCAAAGGUUUGUCAAUGUUUUUGAAGGACAAAAAAGACAAGAAGGAGAAGGAUAAGAAGGAAGGUAAAGGUGCCGCGGAUAAGGAUAAGGAAAAGGUUAAGAGUAAGGAGGAUGCCUCCUUGAAAGGAAAGGAUAAUCUAGGCGCUGAAAGUCCAGCCAGUGAAGAGGGUAAGAUGUCUAAAUUGUCCUCGUUGUCCAUGUUGAACAAGGAUAAGAAAGAUAAGGAUAAACAUAAGGAUAAGAAAGAGAAGGAUAAAGAUAAAAAAGAGAAGGACAAGAAAGAUAAGAAGGACAAGAAAGACAAGAAGGAUAAGGAUAAAAAGGGUAAGGAUAAGAAGAAGGGUGAUGAAGGUUUGGAUACUAGCGCUUCAACAGUAGAUACAGAUAAAGUAGGAGCAGAUAGCUCGACUGAUAUUUCGUCAGUUUUGACCACACCUGAGAAAACAACGCAGGGUGGCGGACCUCCCACCGGUACGCCCGAACUUCCCGGGUACCCUCAAGACCAUGUGAAGCCCUACAACUACGUGGAAACCGACGAUGAGGUGAAGAAGAGUGGCAAGUUCCAAGGUGCAUUCUCGUAUGAGAAGACUGGAGCAGCUAACCAGCAGCCAACCGAAGAAGGCCAAAAGUCACCUUCUGGUCGCACCAACACCGCCUACGCCUUCAAUUACGCACCAGGACAACAAAUUCCCACCAAACAAAUCUCACCCAAUGAUAACAAAGCAUUCGAGCCGGACACAAACGCUAGCAGUGAUUUCAUAGCGUCUCAACGCCUCAAGACGCCCGGAAUUGAUUAUGUCGAGUCGGCAGCUCUCAAGGAGUUAGCACUCAAGUCUGGUGAUAACCUGUCUCCGGGCGCGAGAAGGAAGUUGGAUAUGCAAGGAGGUGGCAUUUUCCAGUCGGGCAAGGAUUACCAGAAUUUGCAAAAAGGUGUGAGUAGUUUCGGAGGAGGAAAUCAAGCAUCAAAUGCUGGUGCUAAGGAUGAAGGCAAGGGUGCAGGAUUAAGCAGUUUUGGAGCAGCACCAACUAAAUCUAGAGACGAUGAAGGAAGUCACAGUUCUGUGCAGAAGGGUGGAGUUUUGAGUAGUUUUGGAGGAGGAGCAGACAAAACGAAGCAAAAUCUUGUGAAAGACGGCAGUGGCAACUUGGACUAUGACGAAGGUAUAGCGCCAGAUUCGCGGUUUCCCUUCGGAGCAGCUGAUUCCCCCAAGACUAGCCGCGACUUGAUCAAUGCUGAGAGGCUUGCCGAUGGCCCCAAGAUCGUCAAGACCACCACCAAGUCCAGUGUGGUCAAGGACAGGGAAGGUGGUCUGGUUCAGAAUAUCGAGGAAAAAGUCGAAGAUCUGAUGUCGGGAGAUGUCACUUUGUCAUCGCAAGUCAACACGGCUGAAGGCUUGGAAGAUGCUCUGGGUCGUUCACCCUACGUUACAGCCACUGGAGUAACUACUAGAACUGUAACCACUCAUGAGGACCUUGAGACCAAUGCCAAGACGAGCAAGAUUGAAGAGAAGACAGUAGCCAGAACCACCACUACAAAUGAAUCCAGACAAGAACAACGAGUUGUAACUCAGGAAGUUCGAACCACUUCGACCAUUGUCAGCGGAGAUAAUCAGCUGAGCUUAUCUAGAAGGUCUAGUACAUCUAGUUCAGAAUCGAAUGACUCCGGUACGCCUGUGGAUGGGGAUGGGGAUCCUUCCGAACCGAGACAAGGCGGGGACGGCGAUAGUGACGGUGAAGAUUAUCGGAACAUCCGCUUCCAGGGAGCCGGUCAUCCAAUAGUGCAGACUGAGACACACGUGUACACCACACCGGCAGUUGGCAGCUCUGAGAUCACCUCUGUACGCUCAACCACUGAAGUGCCGCUCGUCAAAACCGAACCAAGAACUGUUAUCGUUGGAGCACAAACCAUCAGCAGCAAAACAAGGACGGUUGAAGUUACAACGUACAAAACUGAGAAGGACGGAGUGGUGGAGACUCAUUCGGAGCAGAAGAUAACAAUCCAGAGCGACGGGGACCCAGUGGAUCACGAUCUGGCUCUCACUCAGGCCAUUCAGGAGGCCUCCGAACUCGAUCCCGACAUGACUGUCGAGAAGAUCGAGAUUCAACAACAACAUCAGCAUCAAUAACCACAAACACCAACGCUUCUUUAUUAAGGACACUGCCUUCUCCACCAUUCUUCUCUCUCAUUGGAUGUCCGCAUUGCAUACUCACCACAUCAAUCUCUAUAUGAUAUAUAUAUUUAUAUAUAUGACACAUGCACUUUACGAUCGAGCUGUUUAACAGACUCGUAUUUCCUCAUAGGUGUGAAGUUCUCUUGACGAUUAUCACUCUCAUGACUGUUUGUCAUACUUAGAAAUGAUUGUAAAACAAUAUGUGCUUACUUGAAAAAUGUACUUGAAUGUUGUGGCUCUUUCUUUAAAUGUUGAAGAAAUGUCAAAUUGGUAAUAAUCGUUGUUGAAUGUUCAGCUUUUGUAUUUAAUCUCUGGACCAUUAUUUAUAAAUGAUCAAUGCUUGAUUUUAAAAACAUAUAUGUGAUAAUAUUAAUUUCUUUUAUUAUCAUCAUCAUCUUUAUUAUACACUACAUUUUGUAUAGAAAUGAAGACCGUAUAAGCUGUCAUUGUAUUUUUAUUGUCAUAUAUUGUAAGCUUGGUGUUAUCUUCCACUUCAGCAAGAAGUGAAUAUCCGCUUUUGCCAAGAUGUUUCACUUAUCAGAAUACUCAAUUCACUUUCCAGGAGGAUAGACCUCAUUUUAAGUUUUUGUCGAAAGUAACUUCCAUGUCAGCUUUUAAAGUUGAGACAGCCAGCUCAAGAUGAUUCUAGAUUUAAUCGCGUAAGUUUUUUCAAAAUGUCGUUCAAAUUGGAUGAGACAUUAGGUCGUUUAGUUGAGCUAGUUGGAUGUGAAUGUCGGGGGAUGAAAUAUUCCGGUCAUUCUAGUUCAAAUUAAUGAAGCGUAGCGAGUAGAUAUUUAUUACAUUUAUAAAAUUAGUGUUUGAAGAAAGCUAUUUAAUUUGAUACUGACUCUGUACAAUAAACCAACAUUUCGCCUUUUUCAUUAGGCGUUUUUGCUACUAGCAGCUCUAAAUGUCAUUGAGUUCUGAAAAAUCUUUAUCAGAUUCUGUACAAUUUCGUGAUAUCUGAUAUGAUGGAGUAGUAGGUUCGCCCACUAUAAAUAGUGUCUUCUCCCGUUUUGUCUCUCCCAAUCAUUUGAAAUAUUAGUAUGUGUAUGUAAUAAUAAAUAAUAUAGAAACAGAAGUGGAUCUUGCUUUACCAUCAACUCAUCUUUCCCAUUACUGACGCACAAGCCCAAUUUGUUCAAUGAAUGUAGUAUAAAACCAGUUCAAUUCUAAAUUUAAAUACAGAGUGUUUGAAAAAGAACUCCCUAGUUUUAGGUAUAAAUUUAAUGUGUAAAUUGAUGAAAAACUACAUCAACAAGUACAUACAAUGAAAGAGAGAAUCUUCAAGUUUUGUUUCACAUCAGUACACUUCAAUAUGGGAUUCAUUUGUUGUUCUGCACAAGCCGAGACGAUAUUCAAGUUCUCGCAAUGUAUUCACCAACAUAAUAUGUUAUUUAGAUAUUAUCUCUUUAUUCAUAUAACAUGCAUUAUACAUUGAAUAGUGGUAACAGUGAACAAUCACUCACUAUGGAGAAUAAGUACACAAUUAAAAUAAAUAAUUUAACCUCAACUGAAAUCAAAUCAAAUGAUCAAUUAACAUAUAACAAACCAAUAACAUAACCUAAAACUAAUCUAAUAUAAAAUCGUCAGAUGGGUAAAUAAUAUUAAAAUUGCCGGACAUUGUUCAUAAAACUCCUCAAUAUUGUAGAGUGCUUUUUUGUUUAAAAAAAUCUUUCAUUCUAUUCUUAAACAUAAAAAAUACGCUAUCGGUUUUUGUGUGGGUAAGGGGAAAGAUGAUUAUUUCAUAUACAUAAAUAUAAACUUUUAGGUGGGCUCCGAACGACAGGGAAGUGUGUUUAUGUUUAUAAAUGUAUGUUCAUGUAUCAAGGAUGACUACCUUCAACGCGUACUUUUAAAUAUGUUUUAAUUUCUCACUCCAAGUGACAUCGGUUUUGUUGUUUUUAUUUUUAUGAAUAAGGUGAAAUAUAAAGUCUUGCUCUAAUAAUAAUACAUAGAGUAAGAAAUUUCUAUCAUGUUUUAUAUGCAUAACGCUGUUUCUCUAAUUACAUUGAAUAAGGUAUUAUUUUAUUACUUUAAAUAGCAAAUUCAGAAUCAUUUGCUAUGAAAAUUACAAUGAGAGUAAGUGUUUGUUGUUUUGGAUAUGUGAUUUGGUACAUUCAUGUACGGGUCAUUCUCUUCUGCUUUUUAAAUAUUGUCUAUUCAAAGCUACAUUUUAUAAAAUCAAAGCGUAUUUACUUUAUUAUUGUUCACGUAUUAUGACUUUAUUUUCUAUGUUUUUUGUACUAAAUGUUAUGGUUCUUAUUUUUAUGUUUCUAUAAUUUUUUGCAUUAUGACUUUUUUAUCUGAUACAUUCCAUUCCCUAAACGCAUUUGCUUUGCACUUAUAUAUUAUGAUCAUAUUAAUUUCUAUGCUAUAAAUGAUAUUCCGCUACGGUAUACCAAUUAUUGAUGAUGGAUGGACAAUUUUCUGAAAGCUAGAUCCCUAUUAUGCUUGUUGUUAGUUUAUUUCAUUAGAGUAAUGUCACUAGUUUAACUUAAUCUAUUAACAGUCAUCGAUUGUUUAAUUAAAUUAUUUAUUGUACUUUAACUCUCAUUCCACAAAUAACUCCAUGCACCAACUCUCACUAUUUUUGCACAAUUUAAAACUUUUAAUUUUUUCUUGAUGACUUCAACAUCAAAGACUUGUCAAUUAAUUAUCAACUUAAUCAUCAUCAACUUGAUCCAACCUAAAUUUUAUCGCUUACACAAGCUAAAAUUCAUCUCAUCCCGUUGUAUUUUAAUACUUUCAACCUAGAAUACAACUCUAAAUAUAAUGAAUGAUUAAUAUGGUACCUGAGACCUUUUCUAUUACUUUCCUGCUUGUUAAGAAUACUGACAUUAGAUCGCCUUCAAAAAAUUGACAAUAAUCAUCUCUUCAGUUGUCCAUCUUUCAUUAAAUGGUAUAAUGUUGAGAAUACAUCAAUAGGCGAAUGUGUCCCAACCACUGACAGCAACAUAUUCCAUUUUUUUUAAAUCUAUGAGGCAUAUUAUGUCUUCCAAAAAAUCCAAGUAAGCAUAAUAUCGUAUCUUUAGAGCAAUUAUUUAUUAAUUGCAUUCUGUUCUAUAGUGGUUGAAUACAAUUCCCUAUUGAUUUAUGACUAAUAAAUUUUGUAAAAAUACAAAAUCUGUCUGAUCAAUUUGUGCUAGACUAAGAGCAUUAUUAUAAAAAUAAAGAAUAUAUGAGUUAUAUAAAUAUAUAAAUAUAUUGUUGUACAGGAGUUGAAAAAUAAAAAUAAAAUUUUUAUGGUUUA